AUGGUUGCAUCAACUCAACCAUUAGCUAAUUCCGCUGGUUUGAAAAUAUUAGAUAAAGGUGGAAAUUGUGUUGAUGCAGCAAUUGCAGUUUCAGCUGCUUUAUGUGUAACAGAACCUGGAUCUACUGGUAUUGGAGGAGAUGCUUUUGCUUUAUUUCAUACUAAUGGUAAAGUAUUUGGAUUAAAUGGUUGUGGUAGAGCCGCUCAAAAAAUUACCCCACAAGAUGUUUGGAACGAACAUAAUAAUGGUAACCCAAUGUCGAGAAUUCCUUAUACUUCUGCGUUUUCUGUAACUGUUCCUGGUGCAAUUGAUGGGUGGUAUCAAGCUUAUAAAAACUGGGGUUCUGGGAAAGUUAAUUUCAAAGAAAUAUUACAACCAGCUAUAACUUUAGCUAGAGAAGGGUUUCCAGUUUCAGAAUUAUCGAGUCGUUCCUGGAGAGGUUCGGUAAAGAAAUUAAAGAGUCAAAAUCCAGAUGCUAAAAAUAAUCCUUUCAUAUUAGAUGGAGAAAGAGGGCCAAAUGAAGGAGAAUUUGUUAAAAAUAUACCAUUUGCAGAUUGUCUAGAGCUCAUAGGUAAUGACGGUGCAAAAGCAUUCUAUGAAGGGCCAAUUGCUGAAGCUAUAGUAGAAACAACUUCUAAAAGAAAUCAUAAAUUAUCUUUGGAUGACUUUAAAAACCAUACUUCAACAAUUGUAGAGCCAAUAAAAUUAGAUUUCCAAAAUCAUUAUGUGUGGGAAAUACCUCCAAAUGGUCAUGGGUUAGUUGCAUUGUUAGCUUUAGGUCUAGUUCAAGAAUUACACAAUGAAGGUAAGAUUGAUCUAUAUAAAUUAAAACAUAAUUCAACUGAAUAUUUACAUAUUUUAAUUGAAGCUUGCAAAUUGGGGUUCCAUGAUUCUGAUGAAUAUGUUACUGAUCCCACUUUUAAAGAAAUACCAGUCGAAGAUUUAUUACAUCAUCAAUAUUUGAAAGCAAGAGCUAAAUUAUUUUCUCCUGAUAAAAUUAUAGAUGGUGAAACAAUGACACAUGGAGUUCCAGAUCCAAAAUAUAAAUCAGAUACUGUUUAUUUUUCAGUUACUGAUGCAAAUGGUAAUGCAUGUUCAUUUAUAAACUCAGUAUAUGAGGGUUUUGGGUCUGGUAUAUUAGUUGAAAAAUAUGGAUUUUGUUUACAGAAUAGAGGUUGUAAUUUUAAUUUGUGUCCAGGAGUAUCAAAUUGUUUAGAAGGUGGUAAAAGACCAUAUCAUACAAUUAUUCCAGGUAUGAUUACAAAUAAAUCAGAUAAUUCAUUAUAUGCAGCUUUUGGUAAUAUGGGAGGAUUUGCACAACCUGUAUGUCAUGUACAACAUGUUUUAAAUAUGAUCAUUUUUGGAAUGACACCUCAACAAUCGUUGGAUUCUCCUAGAUUUGUUUUAAAUUCAAAUAAUGAUGAUCCAAAAGAUAGAGGAAGAGGUGCUGAUGGACCUGUAAGAACUCCAAUUACAAUUGUACAAAUAGAAGAAGGUGUUGGAGAGAAAACAAUAGAAGAAUUGAAAGCAUUAGGACAUACUGUUGAGGUAAUGACUGAUUAUAAAAGACAAAUGGUUGGUAGAGGUCAAAUUAUUAAAAGUGAAGGUAAAAAUGGUCAACUGGGUGGGUUGAUUUAUGCUGCAGGUAGUGACAUGAGAGGUGACGGAGCUGCUGUACCAUUUGUAUAG